GUUGACAUGUAAUAAGUUGACCAAAUGUAAACACAGAGAGAUUUCUUGAGCGGAAUUGUAUUAAUUGUAUUAAUUUUUCUAUACAAUGUAACAGAAACCUCAAAAACUAGUUUUGUUCGUAGUGCCAACAUUCAAUAGCAAUUAAAUAUUAUAUUUAACAUCGAAGUGCACCAAUUUUACAUGACCACCAGUUGCACGUGCUUGCGGCAUAUAACAUUAAGAAAUGGAACAAACAAAACCUUUUUUCGACUUUUGCGUACCAUUCAACAAAGAUGACAAACAAAUGCGGGCCAUACUCAACGAGUUGGUGGAGUUGGGCUAUAAGACGAUUGCCAUCGACCAGAGCUUCGACCACAGCAAAAAGGAUGCCGGUAAACGUGGCUCCGAGAUGUUUCCCACACCACACAGCAUCGAGCAUUUGCGGAAGGAGUUUGCCGACAAGCUGAGAAUUUUGCAGAGGAUAACAAUUCUCUAUGUGGAUGUAAAUCUGUCGCAUGCGAUGAGUGUUUCGUAUAAUCUGAGAAAGUUCAAUCUUAUUGCUGGACAGCCCAAAACCGAUGCCGCACUGACGCAUUGCUGCACCACAUUCACAGGGGACAUAAUAACCUUCGAUCCUGUUGCUGGUUCGAGGCUUUCGGUCAACAGAAAGGCUUACCAGGUGGCCGUUCGUCGUGGCAUGUUCUUCGAGAUCAAAUACGCCCCAGCUAUUGCCGACUCCAACAAUCGCAAGGACAUGAUAAAGAUGGCCCAGAACUACUCGAUCAAGGGCAAGUCGAAGAAUAUAGUUCUCAGCAGUGGAGCAGAGCAUGAGUUCCAGCUGCGUGGACCCUACGAUGUCGCGAAUCUAGCCUUUAUAUUUGGUUUGUCGGAGGAUCAGGGAAAGAAUGCUGUGGAUCGUUUCUGUCGGCAAAUCUUUUUGCGUGCUGAAUCGCGACGUUUGGGCAAAACAAUAAUGUUUGUUAAGGGAAAUGGUCCCAUAGUAUUUUCCGACGAUGACCAAAGCGGAGCGGAAGAUGACGAAAUGAAUGGGUUAGGCACCGAAAUGUCGAAAGACGGUCAAAAUGAAGAGCAAACUGAAUUAAAACCACCCAUUAAAAGACUGAAAGUGGCAUAAAACUAACGUAAAUAUUUAUUAGUUUUCAAAUCUAAAUGUAAACAUUAGCUGUAGAGAAAAUGGUCACAUUGGAAGCGCCACCAAUCACACUGCAAGUAGUGAUGGGAGAUUUCACUACUCACGUCAUUCAUCGGGCUAGAUCUAGAAUUGCCCGCCAGAUUCAAAACGCAAAGUUGACAAUGGGCGACUUGGUGACCAAGGACAGGACCAUAAAUUUGUGUGUUUUGCAACACUUUAAAUAAAAAUGUCAACAAAAAAA